CAUUGGAGUGCGAAUUCAAAAUGUGUUGGAUCUUUGUUGCCUUGUGGGCAGCAGCUUUGGUGGGCCUUGCUUCGGGAGAUCCAGUUUCAGGCGCUUCCGUGUACCAUGAUCCGGAAACAGGAUUCACGUUCUCGCAGUACAAUGUGAUGUACAGCUUGUCAGAAACCAUCACCUUUCGUAUCGCAGUACCAAGUCCAGUUACUGCAAACCAACCUUAUGAUGCUGUUCUCCAAGUCGUCGCUCCCAUUGACGUGGGAUGGGCUGGACUUGCGUGGGGCGGUCAAAUGACAUAUAAUCCAUUGGCCGUGUCCUGGUCUAACGGCAACAACGUCGUCGUCUCUUCUCGUUUUGCUACCCAGCAUGCAGCGCCACCAACUUACAGUGGCGCAACCUACUCAGUUUUCAAGACUGGGACACACGUGAACAGAACUCACUUCCAGUACACGGCGAAAUGCACUGGCUGUACCACUUUCACCAACUCGGCCGGUACCCCAACGACUAUCAACCCCACGGGCACAAACCGUCUUGCUUUCGGUUACUCGAGCAGCAGACCGAAUAAUCCAUCAUCUAACACAUCAAGCUUUCCUGUUCACGACGUGUACAAUUACUGGAGUCAGGAUUUCUCUUCUGGAGCCAAUACUGCUUUUGCUUCUCUAGCGGCGAAGAAUUUGGGUUAGUAUUGAAGAGGUGUGUUGAAAGAGGGUUACGAAUACUGAAGAGGUGUGUUGAAAGAGGGUUACGAACAGAUUGGUGUGACUGGAGCUAGUUGUGUUUCCUGUAUAUAGACCUCCGCAAUUCUGAGGUAACGCUUGGUAUGGAGUCGCGCUGUACAUACAUUCUUUGUUUCCGCCCAAUGAAGCAG